GGCGAGGCUUUCUCUUUCGCUGGCUCGCCAGCGCGCAACAGGUUGCGUGCGGCUCGUGUGUGCUGCGCCGGUGUGUACCGUGGUUUGCCGUGUGGCUGAGGUCAUUGAUACGUCUCGUGCGUUUGUCCGGCUCAUCACCGCAGACAGUCUUCGUUUAGAAGUUCCCGCCGUUCAAGAUAAGAUAAGCAGACGGUGACAUGCUGUCUGCGGCCAUCAAACAAGUUGCAGCCAGGCAUGCUGCUGGUAUGGUGCGUGCCUCUAGCGGCUGGGCAGCCACGCAGGCUCUCCUGCAGGAGCAGCUGGCGGGCAUCCGUGAAGCCGGCACCUACAAGACUGAGCGGGUGCUCACCUCCCGCCAGGCAGCAUCUGUGCGUGUGGCAGGGUGGGACAGGCCCGUGCUCAACUUGUGUGCCAACAACUACCUCGGACUCUCGAGUCACCCGGAUGUGAUCGAGGCUGGCAAGAAGGCCCUGGACACUCAUGGUGCAGGGCUGAGCUCAGUGCGCUUCAUCUGUGGAACACAGGACAUCCACAAGGACCUGGAACAGAAGAUUGCACGCUUCCACGGCCGGGAGGAUGCCAUCUUGUAUGCCAGCUGCUUUGAUGCCAAUGCAGGCAUCUUCGAGGUUCUUUUGAGCCCAGAGGAUGCGGUGCUGUCGGACGAGCUGAACCAUGCCUCUAUCAUUGAUGGAAUCCGGCUCUGCAAGGCACAAAAGUACCGCUUCAAGCACCGAGACAUGAAUGACCUGGAGGAGAAACUGCGGGACGCGGUUGGAAAGAGUCGCCAGAGGCUCAUAGUCACUGAUGGAGUCUUCAGCAUGGAUGGCAAUGUGGCGCCUCUGAGGGACAUUUGUGACCUUGCCGACCGAUACAAUGCCAUGGUGUUUGUGGACGAGUGCCAUGCUACGGGUUUCUUUGGCAACACUGGCAGGGGCACCGAGGAGUACUUUGGUAUCUCUGGCCGUGUGGACAUCAUCAACUCCACCCUGGGCAAGGCACUAGGAGGUGCUGCAGGGGGCUACACCACAUGUCGUCGGGAACUGGUGGACCUUCUGCGGCAGCGCUCACGGCCCUACCUCUUCUCCAACUCCCUGCCCCCACCCGUGGUGGCAUGUGCCUCAAAGGUGUUGGACAUCCUGAUGGCCAGUCCUGAGCUGGCACAGAAGGUGGCUGGACUGACACAGCGCUUCCGUUCACGCAUGACUGCUGCUGGCUUCCAGAUCUCUGGUGACGACCACCCCAUCUGCCCUGUGAUGCUUGGAGAUGCACGUGUGGCUGCUGAUUUCGCUGAUGGCAUGCUGGAGCAAGGCGUGUAUGUGAUUGGCUUCAGUUAUCCAGUGGUACCGAAAGGCAAGGCUCGCAUUCGAGUGCAGAUCUCAGCGGCACAUUCCAUGGAGGACAUAGACCAUACUGUGGAUGCUUUCAUCACAGUGGGCAAGAAGUUUGGAGUGGUUUCGUAGUGUGAAGACCGUCACCACAGUGCAGAGCCUGUCACAAGAAAUAUGGACUCACAUGAAUGUUCUUCAGUAGUUUACAUGUAAUAUGGUUUGCCAAGGGCCAUGUGUGUGGUUCAGUGGCUGGGAUUACUGAAAAUGGCCUGCCAACUUAAAAGGACUGACAACCAUUUGGAACCUGCCUUCACAUGGUGCCAACUCAAAGGUCAUACCUGUGAUCAUACUUUGCAAUAAUAGGAAAAGUUGCAUCAUUUAUUUCUCUUCAAAAGGGGCCCUACAAUGUUACUUUGAUUGCCAAGUGUUGCACCACAAUGACAAUGUUUACCUUGUAGGGUCUAAGAGGGGAUGCAAAAGAAAUUACACAAAUCGACACUGGUAAACGAGAGUUAGCUUACAAAAUCAAAAUAAAAGCAGACGAAAGAAAUGGCACUUUCGUCCAAAGGCGAAGCAUUGAAACCAAUAGCAAGGCAUCUUGGAAUGUGGGCGUAAAGCCCCUUGAUCUUGGAAAGUAGCAACACUUUCCAUCUCGCUUGAGCUUCCUUCGUCAGUUUCACUCCGCUGGCUGGCACGCUGCGCCUGCUUGCUGUGCCUGCGACUGCCAAGCAUGUGGUUUUGGUUGUGCAUGGAGACUAGAACCAGCGAUACGGAUAUGUUGUUAGGGUGCUGGCAGAUUGUCUGGAACAGUAAAUUUAGAAGGACUAACAAAAGCGCUCUAAGAGAUUAAGUACGGUAGUUCAGCAGUGUGCUCUUUCUGGCCGCUUUGGCCGUCCAUGGCACAGUGAAGUAAGGAACCUCGUUUUGUAUUAAAGAAAAAUCUUCAGAAGCAAGAGAAGCAGCAGUAUUCAGACAGUGAAUCGGUUUUUUAUCUAGUGCAAGUCCAGUGCUUGUGCCAUGCUGGGCAUAUGUGGACAGCUGUAAUGGUACAAGUUAAUGCAUGCCAGUGCUGCCUACUGUAGGAAAAUUUUCUUAGAUCUAGGGAUUCUGAGCUUUGUUUAAGGAAAGUGGGAAAUUCGUCCAAAUUGCAGCUGUGGCCCAGUGCGCUGGAUACCUGGCUUAGCUGCAGGAGGUGCGUCAUUGUUUCCCUACCGCCGGACAACCACCAAUUAUUGGAUGGGUACAAACAGCUUCCCUGACUUUCCAGGAGUGCAUAUUUUACUGGUAGGUGCCCGGUGGCAGCUCUACACGGCCACGGCGGGUGCUGUUCAGCAAGGCCAUCUGUGGCUGGACAAGGGGCGUCCAAAAACCAUGCCUAGAAAUAUAUAUAGGGUCCCCUUUUGAGAUGCAAAUCCCUACAAGUAGCCGAGCACCAAGCUGAGGGACAUCGACCUCUACCAAUUAGAAAAGCCGAUGGAUUCCCGGCAGUACUGGUAUUCCAGCCCGGUACAUCUUGGAUAUAAGGAAGAUGCUCUACUUCAAGGCUGCCACUGCGCUUCUCUUCUUCCUCCUUUUUAACCCUUUGAGGGUCAAUGACGUAAAUAUGCGGCGCCGUGAACAAGUCCAAAAGUCGUCAACGCCGUAUAUUUACGGCGCCGUCUGUAUGCUUAAAAAGUGCGCCAAUUUCCUAACUUUUUCUUUUCUGUCAUGUGCUGCCACUAUGUUGGAAUGCAGGAAAUUUGUUUCGCGCGCCUCCCUCUCUCGGUUUUCGUUGCACGGUUUGUUUUAGAGCUCGUUUGCUCCCGCGUGUGUACAUACUACUGCUCGCGUAUUGUUGCGCGCUCGGGUGGGCGGCGGUUUGCGUUUUGUUCUGCGGCCGGUUUCGGCUUGUUUCGCUUGCAAAGCUGAAGGCUAUCUCGUUACUAAUCGCUCAAAUGGCUACCGCUUGUUUCUAGCGCAUGUAGUGCUCACAAGGGUGCGCAUAGGAAGGAUUCCGCCGUGCAUGCAUUUCCGUUACUUUUUUUUGGAUAGUCGCGAAAACUAAUUGCCUCUAGUUGGCAAUAAGAUAGAUUAGCGGAAGUUUGUUACACCUUUUGCUUUUUUGACGUGCACACAACCACACAGUUUUCCUGAGUGCGCGCACAUAUGCAGUUCGAUUACGCUAUGGACGUAAAUAUUAGCGCACUUGAGAGUUGCGAAAUAUUUUUGUGUGUGCAUUUUCAAAGCCUUGAACUAUGUGUAUAACAAUGCAUAAUCUUUUUAUUCUUAUAAGUUUAUUUCUAUUUUUAUUGUUACUCAUGAAUGAAAAGUACAUAUAUACCGA